AUGCCGUGGUCUUAUAUAAAAGGUAUACUUGUUGGACUAGCCGCUGUCUCUUUGACCGGAGCAUCUCCUGUGCUUGAGUCCUCCUCCAAGCAUGUCCGUGCUCUGAAGGGCGAUGAAGUUGCUGUAAAAAACACCUGUGAUAAACUCAACUAUCGCAAAUCGACCAAAGCUAACUCAAUGCCUACAAUCAAGUGGAAUGCCUUGACAGACAAGGAGAAAUAUGAGUUUAUUAAAGCUGAGCUAUGUCUCAUGAGCCACCCACCCGUAACAGGUUUAGUGGAAAAUGCCACCAAUGUUUGGGAUGAAAUCGCCCACAUUCAUAUCGACCAGGGCAAUGAUAUCCACUACGUUGGACAGUUUCUCCCUUGGCACCGGUACUAUGUCAGGAUGCACGAGUUGGCCCUUCAGAACCUUUGCAAUUACAAGGGGGCUCACCCAUACUGGGAUGAGCUCACGGACUACACCUACGGUAAUGUGAGAGACUCGCCUAUCUUUGACCCACAUACUGGAUUUGGAGGAAAUGGUACCGGUCGCGACUCCUGUGUUAGCGACGGACCCCUCAAAAAUAUCAAACUCCAUAUGAGCAAUCACCAUGACAGAGGGGACAGCUUCUGCCUUUCCCGUGAUUUUGAUCAGAGCAGUUUUGCGUAUGGGAUGACCUCAAAUAUUGAGGAGUGCUUUGGCUACGCGAACUAUACAGACGCUUGGUAA